AUACAUAUCUAAAACUGGAAGAUGUGACCCGUAAGUUUAAUAAGCCUUGCAUAAUGGAUGUAAAAAUAGGUCAGAAAAGUUAUGAUCCGUAUGCUUCAGCAGAGAAGAUACAGCAGCAGGUCAGCAAGUACCCGCUGAUGGAAGAGAUUGGCUUUUUGGUACUUGGCAUGAGGGUUUACCACAUCUCUUCUGACAGCUAUGAGACACAAAACCAGCACUAUGGAAGGAGCUUGACAAAGGAAACAGUAAAGGACGGCAUCUCAAAAUUUUUCCACAAUGGGUACUGCUUGAGGAAAGAUGCGAUAGCUGCCAGCAUUCAGAAGAUUGAAAAAAUUUUGGAGUGGUUUGAGGGCCAGAAGCAACUCAACUUUUAUGCAAGCUCAUUACUCUUUGUUUAUGAAGGUUCGUGUCAGGCAACAACCGUGCGGUUGAGUGAUGUCACCUUGGCAGAGAAGAGAGGAGUGCCCAAAGGACUGUUAUCAGGUGGAGACAUACUGGAGUAUAAUAAUAAUAUUCAUGUAAUAAAUUCUACAGAGAAUGGAAAAAUUGAGGCCUCUGUAAGUAAAGGCCUGUCCAAAUUUUAUGCACUUCACAAAAAGGCGUACUCCAAGAGGCACCACAGUCAACUCUCACUAAAAGUUGAAAACUUAGAGAAAGACAACGUGUGGAAAAGCAGCACGUGCAUUACGCAAGAGCAUCUGAACGGAAACGUUAUACCCCAACUGGAAAAAGUUUUCUGUCACAUGCCAGCAGAGAUCAAGGAAAGCGCAAACGUAGAAGUCCGAAUGAUCGAUUUUGCUCAUGUGUUUCCUAGCAACACAAAGGAUGAGGGCUACAUUUAUGGUCUGAAGAAUUUAAUCACAGUACUUCAAAAUAUUUUGGAUAACUAAAUUCUUUGCUAUGGUUUUUACUGGGGGCCAAUGAUAAAGAAGAGCAACAACAUGAAGAAUUUCUGCACUUGUAAUGCUGUAUAACUGGGUUUUUAGAAAAUGGACUGAAAACUCUAAUGCGCAGGAUUG